AUGGGAAGAGGAGGGUUUCGUGUGUUGCAUAUGGUGAAGCCGUUUUUGCCGUAUCUGCCAGAAGUGCAGAGUGCCUUUGAGAAGAAGAAGAAGGUUCCAUUGAGAGAGAAGGUCAUCUAUACCCUGACCACUCUCUUCGUGUUUCUCGUUUGUAGUCAACUUCCUCUAUACGGUAUCCACUCUACCACCGCUGCGGAUCCGUUCUACUGGAUGCGUGCCAUUCUCGCAUCGAGCCGUGGCACCCUCAUGGAGCUCGGUAUCGGUCCCAUCAUCACAUCAGGGCUCAAGCUUCUCGGCAUCUUGAUCGCCUUAGGUCAAGCCGUGACAGACGUCCUCUCUGGUAUGUACGGUCCAGUUGCACAGCUCGGUGUGGGAAAUGCACUUCUCAUCAUUCUCCAGCUUGUCUUUGCCGGAAUCAUCCUUCAGUGUCUCGACGAGCUUCUCCAAAAGGGGUAUGGUCUUGGCUCCGCGAUCUCCCUUUUCAUAGCGACUAGCCUCUGCGAGAGCUUUAUAUGGAAAGCCUUUAGCCCCGUCACAUUCAACAAUAUCGGACGGUCUGGACCGGAGUUUGAAGUCUUGGUCUUCCUCAUCUUUGUCUACUUCCAAGGCUUCCACGUUGUAUUGCCUCUUAAAUCAAAGAACUCCCCACAAGGGCAAGGCAGCUACCCGAUCAAGCUCUUGUACACGUCCAAUAUGCCCAUCAUUCUCCAAUCCGCUCUCGUCUCAAAUAUCUACUUCAUCUCUCAGCUUCUCUUCAACAACUUCAAUGGGAAUUUCCUGGUGAACUUGCUGGGACAGUGGAGAGGAUCCACACCAGUAGGUGGUCUCGUUUACUUGAUCACAGCUCCAUCAAGCCUGGCUGCUUAUCCUUGCCACACACUCUUCUACAUCGUCUUCAUGCCCUCUUCUUGUGCGUUUCUAUCAAAGACAUGGAUUGAAGUCUCUGGGUCCUCCGCUAGAGACGUGGCAAAACAUCUCAAGAAACAAGGGAUGGGAAUGGCUGGGCACAGAGACUCCAAUCUGCACAAAGAGCUUAACCGCUACACCCAGCAGCAGCCGCCUUUGGAGGAAUGUGCAUUGGUGCACUCACUGUUCUUUCCGACCUCACCGGAGCUAUUGGCUCAGGGACUGGAAUCUUGCUUGCUGUCACAACCAUAUAUCAGUUUCUCGACACUUUUGACAAGGAACUAG